AUGUCGGAUUCAAACUUGGAUGGCAAGUACUAUGAUGAGCUGCGGGACCAAAUGCGUGAAUACGGAGCAAGCAUCCCAUCCCCGCCCGCUGCUGUCCAGCAGCCCCUAAGACCACCCAACCAAACCGCUACAUCGACCGAGAACACAUUAUACUACGCCAGGGAAUACAAUAUCUUCGAAGAUCAGUUCGGACAGGCCCUCGACCCUAGCUCACGACGAUAUCUUGGAGCUCCCACUCCUUUUUUUACUCCAGCUGCAAGAGGCAUUCCGGCGGGCUCUCAACCUAAAGCCAAUCCAGCCGCAACUGCAGCUGUUUCUCCUGUUGCUUCCCAAGCUGCUGCCCCGGCUACUAUUCCAGCUGGUCAGCAGAGCAGAAGGAACAAGUCUCAAAACCCUAGAAGGAGAAGGAAAAUGUUGUGGAGACUUUACAGCUCCUUCACGACAACUUCCGCGGAAACCGAGACCUCGCAACCCCGCCGGGAAGCCUGGGUUCGGGGCCUGAGCAAUGUGAGACAGAUUCUCUGUGUGGAUGACAACAAAGAUCACCAACAAAACUCAGGGGAGGUGUCAGGGACCCAGGAUGGGACGAGCGAGAACUCAAACGAUGGACGGGCUACCAGGAGCUUGUUGGCCCCUGAUGAGAGGGGGGAGGAGGAGGGCGAGCUGCGAUUUCCUCAGUACAAGUUUUGA